AAAAUCCCCUACCAAUGACGACCACCGAAUCCGAUACUGUGUAAAAGCUUCCACAGUCUUAUAACCAAAAAGUGAUAAAGUUGGGAAAGCGAAUACUAAGAAGAGAAGAAGAUUUGCUUAUGGCAAAGCGAGGGGCAGAUGAGAUAACAAAGGAAGAGGUGAUGGUGGAGAAGGAGGAAGCUCACCCAUAUGCAUUUCACGUCUCUGGCCCUCGAAAUGUUGCCUCUCCUACCUGGAAAGACCUCAUCUAUUCUAGUUGGAAGGAUGCAAACUACAAGAGAACCGCUAUGUCCUGCUUCAUACAAGCAGUUUACUUGCUUGAACUUGACAGACAAGAAAACAGAACAGCAGAAAAUGCCCUGGCUCCAGCAUGGUGGAUGAUCUUCAAGUACAAGCUGGUUCAAAUAUUAAUUGAUGAAAGAGAUGGAUCUAUAUUUGGUGCAGUACUAGAAUGGGAUAGACCUGCAGCAUUGGCUGAUAUGGUACUUAUCAGACCCAGCGGAGCACCUAAGGCUGUUUUGGCACUUCGGGGGACUUUACUCAAUCGCCCAACCAUCCGAAGAGAUAUUGAAGAUGACCUCCGGUUUCUAGCCUGGGAAAGCCUGAAGGGCUCUGUUAGGUUCAAAGGAGCAUUUGAGGCUUUAAAAUCCAUGGCUGAAAGGUAUGGGAGCCACAAUAUAUGUGUUGCCGGUCAUUCACUGGGUGCUGGCUUUGCUCUCCAAGUGGGCAAAGCAUUAGCAAAAGAAGGGCUAUAUGUAGAUGCACAUUUAUUUAACCCUCCUUCUGUUUCAUUGGCUAUGAGCUUGAAGAACAUUGGGGAAAAAGCUGGCUUUGCUUGGAAGAGAAUUAAAUUGAUGCUUCCUUCAACUAAUGAAGCUCAGGGCAUCGGUGAUGAGGUGGAGAAGAAUUCCACUGUUGGGUUAAAGAACUGGUUAUUGAAUUUUUAUGGUGAGAAGUCUCCUGUGCAAUUAAAUAAAUGGGUACCUCAUUUAUAUGUGAACAAUAGUGACUAUAUCUGUUGCUCUUAUAAUGAUCCCGAUCAACCGGAAGACAAAAGUGCAGAGAAGAAGAAUAUGGGUCCUACGAACGGGCAAGUAGCAGCAAAGCUUUUUGUGAAGUCCAAGGGAAAACAGAGGUUUCUCGAGGCCCAUGGAUUAGAACAGUGGUGGUCGGACGACUUGGAACUUCGACUAGCUCUCCAUAAUAGUAAGGUGAUAAGCAGGCAGUUGAAGUCCCUGUAUAGCCUCCCAGCUUCACAACAACCACUGGGAAAGCCACAAUGACAAGGUUGUUGCUUUCUUUGCUUACCAAAUAAUCAUUUCCUUUCCUUUUCUCAGAUAUCCUAUUAACCAAAGUCCUCAUAUAGAGACUAAUAAGCGUUCUCAUUUACCAGAAGAAGAAAUAUCCUUUUAUCUCUCUCAAUCUAUCUUCUUCAUGGACUGUUCAAGGGCAAAUGCUACGGCUUGUAUUUACGUAUAGAAUGUGUAAAACCUGGUGAAAAAAGUUGCUGCUUUCAGGAAUAAAAGUGAGAAUUUUAAAUAGUA